AUGAUGAUGAUGAUUUAUGUUUGUUCUUAUGAAAGUGAUGAUUAUAUUUUUAAGCAAUAUAACCUGACAGGAGUUGUAUAUUAUCGGAACCAGCUCUCGAAGGGAGGGUAUUACGAAUCACCGCUGUGCCGGGCUCGACACAGGAUUGCAGUUAUUGUGCCUUACAGAAAUCGAGAGAGGAAUUUGGUCGUGUUUCUAUAUGUGAUGCAUCCAUUUUUGAUCGAACAAGGAUUAGAAUAUAGGAUUUUUGUUAUAGAGCAAAGUGGGAAAGAACAAUUCAACAGGGGUCGCCUUCUGAACGUGGGCUACUUAGAGGCGAAGAAGCACGGCAACUGGGAGUGCAUGGUGUUCCACGAUGUAGACCUUCUGCCGACCACCGACAGGAUAAAAUACAGCUGUCCAACUUGGCCGCGACAUAUGUCCGCGUAUGUCAUUGGGAGGCCGGAAUCAGAAAAUUACAAAAGUCACUAUGGCGGCGUAUCUGUAAUGACUCCAAGUCAAUUUGAAAAGGUGAACGGGUAUUCUAACCGUUACUGGGGGUGGGGCGGGGAGGACACCGACAUGUUCUGGAGAAUUAAGCAUUCAGGUCUUGCUCUGACCAGAUAUAGCAAAUCUAUCGCUAAAUAUAUGGCCCUACCGCAUAAACAGGAACCGGAGAAUCCUACCAGAAAGAAACUUCUCAAAACUGCAAUGGAUGAGAAAUCCUACAAAAUCGACGGUUUGUCAAACUGCCACUACAAAAUAGUAUCCAAAACUAUGUAUCAUACAUACACACAUAUUUUAGUCGAUAUUAAUCCUAACAAGACAAUGUCAUGGGAAUAAAGUUUCUCGUUUAAACAUUUUUUUAUAUAUUACGUACCUACCAUACUACCUACUUACCCUACCAACUA